GGCCGACAAUUCUUUUUCGGCCGGCAUGAAGCCGCGUGGUGAGAAAUAUAACAAGUUCAGCUAGGCUAAUUGUCAAGCCAUUGAGCCGCAAGAGAUGAGGCUCUGCUCUAUUUUCAGCCCUUUACUAGGUGGUCUCCGAUUUACUAAGCGCCGAGUUUGGAAUAAAAGAGCCUCAUGGUCCGCCUCUCUCUCGUUCAUGGGCUUUUGUUUUUGUGAGACCCGCCGAACGACACCUUGGAUAUCCCGGAGGCCUCAUAUAGCGGGACUCCAUGUCUCCCGCCUCAGCAAACUUUUGUACAACCAGGAAAACGGCGAGGCGGGUCCACUCGUGUGUCCUCUUACCAAAGAUGACGGUUGUCUGUUGCGUUUGGCCCAAUCAACCUUGUUUGCGCUGUCGAAUCGUUUUCAUCGGGGUUUUGGCCGUCAGACCGUUGAGCAUGGGAAUCCGGAAAUGAGCAUCUUCGGUGGGAUUUACAACAACAACAACAACUACGUCCACAACACAACAACCAAAAGCUGGGAUACCAGACUUGUCCAGCCCCAGACCCACCUCAUCAUGCCUGUUCCAUUGCUUUCCGGACGGAUUUGUCGCUGGCUUUCUGAGUGGGCUCGAAAAGGCCGUCAACGGGAGCGAAGAGCCCUAGGAAACAUGUUCUCCACCAUGACUGGCCUCUUUCGUGUCGAACGACUACUCUCAUCUUUGCUAGUGAAGCACGGAUGAAGAAGCGUGAUGACUGGUUCCCCACACGGGUUGCCUUCGAUCCCGAGUCCUUACUAGGGGAUUGGGAGAGUCCCGCCGGGGCGGCACCCAGCCCCCGCCCGCCAUGGCUGGAUGUUUUG